AUGGCUAGUGGAUUAAGACUCGGAGAUAAUUAUGUGCCAACUUCUGACACAUCAGUUAUUUUCAAACAAUUGAUGAAGCUUCCUAUAACUGUUUUAUAUGAUCUCACGAUAUCAUGGUUCGCCAAAUUUGGCGCGUCAUUUGAUGGGAAUAUAGAUCUUCUAGCGCAAACAUUAGAUUUGUUGAUUGAGAAAGGUGUGACACGUAAGGUCAUAGUUAAUAGAAUAUUAUACGCGUACUGGGCCGAUGGCCUCAAUAUUUACCAAUUAGCAGAAAUAGAUUGCCAUUUAAUGAUAAGUAAACCAAAUAAAUAUAAAUGGCUCCCAUCAAAAGCUUUUCAAGGUGAUGGAAAACCUUAUGUAAUACAACUCCAACCCACUAAAUUUAUAGACAAUUUACAAACAGACCUGACGAAAAUUUAUCACUGCCAUGUUUACAUGUUCAAACAUCCGUCACUACCAGUAUUUAUCACUAGAAUACAGUUAUUUGAUAACAAUAAUUUAUUUCUGAAUACUUCUAAAAUGGGAUACAUAAAUAAGGAGUCUCUUUACAGCAAACUGGAUAGAAUUAAAGGAAAAACAUUGAUUUCAAGGAGACCAUACUACGUCGCCUUUCCACUGAACUCUCCAACGAUUUUCCAUUCAGUUGAUAAAGAUAUUUAUGCCAGGCUAGUCUUGCAAAGUAUUAGUCGAACAAUAUCGGAAAGAGAAACAAUCAUUUUCAAACCAAUACAAAAAGUACCGAUAAAAUCAAUACAUAAUAUGAUUACUUCAGUGGGGCCUUCAAGAUAUGCAGAGUCCAUGGGUCCAUGGGAAUGCUAUGCUGAUGCCAAUUUUGAGCAGUCCCCAUUACACGACAUUGAAAAGCAUCAAGGACUUGUUGGUAAAAGAGUAUUGAUGAGGGACUUUGAUGAUUCUUUUUUGACAAAUGAUGAGAAUUUCUACGGAAAAGAAGAACCUGAUAUAAGGCGACUUAGGUUGGAGAAAAAUAUGAUUAAAUUCAAAGGUUCUGUGAAGGGUGUAAUGGAUGAGAAAUAUGAUAGUCUGAAAGAAUUUAACGAACAUGUUCACAAUAUUGAAAAUGGGGAGAAAAAAGUAAAUUCUGAGAAAACAGUGUAUGUUUCUAGAUAUACGUCCUUGGUUCCUGUUGAGAAAGUUGGGUUUACCAUAAAAAACGAAAUAAGCAAUAGAAUGAUUACCAUGAAAUUAAAAUUUAGUGGGAGUGAUAUUUUUGGGGGAUUACAUGAACUAUGUGAUAGAAAUUUGAUAGAUGUUGAUAAAGUUCCUGGGUGGCUAGCUGGUGAAAACGGAACGUUUUCAGGAACAAUACUGAAUGGAGAAUUUCACCAAGAACUUGUUACUAAAGGUGGAUUACUGUAG